CAGAGACAGACAACAAAAUCAGCGCUUUUGCCCACCAACAAAAAUCAACACAUCUCCCCCGUUUUGUCGUGGUUUUGUUUACUUUGUUGUGUUUAACUGGGCGGUAACCGUGGCGGCGUGUGUGUUUUCCCCGUCCACCUGCUUUCACUCUGGCAUUUGUUGUUCUACCGUGUUUUUCUGUGCUGGCGUUUGUUUGUGUUGUGUGUUUUGACCGUUGCCGCUGUGUUUUGUUUACUCGUUGACGUUGAAACGGUGCCCAAUUUACCAUGGCGGCAAGCAUAGAGACUGUGAGGGUCGAGGCGGUUGAUAAGCGGAAGCAACUGGCCACCGAGAUCGUCCGGAGCCGCAAGAGGAAGUUGGCAGAGCUCUACACGCUCUCAUCGCUUUCGAAGAUAUGGACUGUGCGGGAUGAUGAUCCUUUGACGACGACGAAGGACAGUGUACGAGCGUUUGUGGAGAGCCAUGACAUAGAGAGUGAAUUUGAUCCGGCGGAGUUGCCGCUGUUGCAGUUCGAUAGUGGGGAUGCCACAGGUGGCUCCCCAUCUGCACAGGCGUUGGACAGUACAGAGAAGUCCACAGGUGUCACAACCGCAGCAGCUGAGACAGCUGGUUCUCACAAUACACCGAAGGAACCAGAGAUCAUCGUUGGAAAGUCGACUGUUCCAACUGAUACAAAACAGAUCAUCGAACCUGCGCCGGUGCCUAAGGUUGCACCGGUGGUGAAACAACAGGAGCAGUCCAUACUUCCACCACCACCGCCUCCUCCUCCACAGAUUGUGAUACCAUCCAAGACAAUUGCAUCUUCAGUGAUAAACUCGGAGGAGGCGAUCAAGAAGUCCUUUAAGAAGCACAAGAAGGAUCACCCGUUGGAACUUUUUGACCCUGUAAACAAGGAUAAUAUUAACACCUUGAUUCUUGUGCUAAAGAACUACCUACCUGCGAAAGUUGCAGAGGUUACACCUUUGGCUGAGUUGUACUAUUUGGCUCAGACAUUACCACUUGUCAAAUUGAUGCCGACGACUCACAAAGUUGUCACCUCAUCGAUGUACGAAACUGCGUUAACAGAGGGGAAAAUCAACGUUGUGCACUCAAGAAUCGAGGAGUUGAAGAGACAGGGGAAAUGGAGUUUGAAACAACCGCAGAGGUUUGUGGAUCCUCUUUUGAAUUCUAAAAAGAGAUCGCAUUGGGAAAACUUAUUAUCAGAGAUGAGCUGGAUGAGUGUGGAUUUCAAAGAGGAGAGAAAGUUCAAAGUUGCAACAUGUGCAACUAUUGCAAAAUCCAUACAGGAUUAUUGGAAGUUUGGGAAAGUUUGUUGUAUAAAGACAAGACCAAUUGUUCAUAUUACAACAGAUGAAGAAGAUGAGGUCAAGUUGGAGGAUUUUAUUAAUAUUGAAGAGUCCAAAGAAGCAGAAUCAGACAGUAUGGAUGUUGAUGACACAGACAAUUCAAGACUUUUGGAGAGACCCCAACCUUCUGAUGAAAUCACACCUGCUGAACUUCCCGAGUCUACUCUUGAAGAGUAUAACAAAUAUUUGGAAACAGAGGAGCCUAAUCCAUUUAAAUUACAAGUUGAUACGAAUGAUUUCAAAAAUUCAGAUAAGAUUUUGUUUGAUGGUAUACCAACUUUUGGAACGUUUGAGAAGUUCAACGAUUGUUAUGAUAGGGCACCAUUGAUUCCAGUUUCAAAGGCUCUUUUACCACAGGAGGAUGAAACUUGGUUUAACUGCUACCUACAGCAGACAGAGGAUAAUAACAAUAGUGUACCUGAUCAACAAAAGGGUUUGUUUGGAUUCUCGUCUCGUAAUAGACUGAGUACGAUUAUUAAACCACCACAACCUCCAAGUUUAAGAUAUUUGAAUUUGAGAACUCCAACGAUAUGGCUGCCUGAAGAUGACCAAAACUUGAUUGAAUACGUUAAUCAAUUCUCGUUCAAUUGGGGAAUUGUUUCUGCUCAUUUGUCAAAGAGACCUACGAGAAGUUACCAAUCAAAUAUUGAAAGAAGAACCCCAUGGCAAUGCUUUGAAAGAUACAUUCAACUAAACGAUGCUUUUCAGAUUGGUGAUAUGAGGGGACACAACUAUAUGGCUGCCACCAAAUGGCUGGAGCACGCACAUCAUAUCCAGGCUACAACAAAGAGACGUAUAUCACCACUGGGUGUUGGUGUGGAAUCCAUUCAAAGAGGUCACAAAAGGCUCCGUUGGGCUAGUAUGUUUGAAGCGAUUCGGAAAUGUAUGAGAAAGAGAGAGAGUGUGACAAGACCAAACUCAAAUCAUCAAAGAAAGAACAUUGAUGAGAAAAAGUUGGUUGCACCAACACCUGCAGAGUUAUCGAAGUUGAAAUUUGAGAGAGAUAAGGCUAUCCAGGAAGCUUAUAUUCCUAACCAACAACGUAGAGUAGUUGCUGGAAAUGAUAACAAAGCUGCAGCUGCUCAUCCAGUGCAACAGACUGGUCAGCAAGCUGUCCAAAGAGGUAAUAACACCCAAAUUCAGGCCAGACCAGCACAAGCACAAGAACAACAGCAGCAGCAGCAGCAGCGCCAGCAAGUACAACAAUCUCAACAAGUACAACAACAGAGACCAAAUUCUGUCCCUGCUCAGUCAAUUGCUAAACAGCAACACAAUGGGGCCACACAAGUUCCAGGGUUAAAGAAUGUAUCUGGAACAUCAUACACUCCAGAACAGAUUCAACAGAUUAUUCAGAUGAGACAAAGAAAAUUGGCUAAUGGUGUGGCUCAAGGUUCUCCAUCUCCUAAUGGUGCACAAGCUCAGCUUGUUAAUAUUCAACGCUCUAAUAGUAACCCCACGCAAGUGGCUAAAUCAGCAGCCAGUCUUUCAAAUACAGUUAAGACUGUACCGGUGUCUCGUCAACAAGCUUUUGUUCCGGCUCAUGUCUCUGCGAUUAUUAGUCAAAUUCAAGCACAACAUCCAAAUUUGUCAAAGCAAGAAGUGACGAACAUGGCUGCACAAUAUCUCGCCAACUUGCAAGCGAAACAGAACGCCAGAGCUGCUGCUGCCGCUGCCACUGCCGUUAAUACUACGACCACCAGUACCACCCCAGCAAGCAACACGAACAACACUAACAACUCUGCAAAAUUCAAUACUAGUGGCUUGGCUGGCCAGAGAAGUUCACAGCAUGGCUCACCAGCAGCACAAAACAAGUCUAUUUCUGUCCCUACACCGCAGCAAAUUUUGCAACAGCAGCAACAGAGGUUAGCUGCCAGUGCUUCAAAUAAUGGAACAUCACAUCUUGCCAAUGAAGGAAGUGAGGUUUCCUCAACGAUAAGUUCUACAAAGUUAACUCCAGAACAGAAGGCACAGCUGGAUAUGCUAAAGGUGUUGCACGCAGAACAGCAACAAAAGCGUCAGCAAGCUAGUAUCGACAAUGGAUCUACAACCAACGCCAAUCCUAAGGGUAAUGAUGCAGGCUUGUCAGGAUAGAUCAACCAUAUUGGGCAUUUUUGGCUUUCUUUUUUUCCUCCUCUAACGACUUUUUAAUGACAAUAUCUCCAUCUGUAAACAGUAUAAAGUGUACAAUUCAUCAUUGUGAUCAAACAGAUAUAAUGAUACAUUCACGACAAUGAUAACAUAACGAUUUUAAUUUCCACUCACCCCAUAUAAAGAAUAGUGGGUUAAAACCAGCAAUAUAUAAGAAGCUCCUCCCAGGUCAGUGGCUUUAUAACAUUAGUGUAUAUCUAACAAGU